GAUCAAGUUUCCAGUUUUACUUGGCUGGUUCUCACUUGACAUUUUUAUGUGCUAAUCUCCAACUCUCCGGCCAGACGGGGAAAACGCAGGGAAUAAUAAAAGCAGAGAAAGCCACGGAGAGAGAGAGAUUGGUCACGUAUAUUCAGUGACGGAUUAGAUGUUGGGACAAAUUAUGACCAGUACUUUCUCUGGUUAAACAUAUAUAUCGCAAAAAAUAUUGUACACCACUUUCACAAGGAUUUAGCAUAAAGAACACCACUUUUAAAAGUAUGUGUAACAAUAUCAGCACGACGCGAUAAGAAGACUUGUUCAGUUGUUGGUUUCACGUCGAAGCGUGUACACGGGUUUUCUCCGCGUGGCUAAAAAUAUAUUUACCAUGAAUCGGCCCAGUUUAGUCUUGACUUUCACCACCACCACGAUUUUAAUAACGUCUUGUUUUGGACACGCACAAAUUAGGAAAUGUUGCCAACUCGAGGAAAUAUUGGACAUUGGGAAUAAUUCGUGUGUAAAAGGUCCGACAGGAAAUCAGUGGAGUAUUCCGACAGAUUAUAUUCAUUCUUCGAAGAGGAGGAAUUUAACCAUGCUUUUUAAUCGAUUUGGUCGGCCAAAAUGCAACAAUAUGACGCACAAACUUGUCCAGAGAAAGUUGUCGAGGGACGAUAUUCACUUUCUUUCUCAGGAAUCCGUCGCAUUCCUGGAGCGCCCUGGAUUUGACCACUUCAACGCUUCGAGAGUUGUUGUGGGCAAUUCUGAAUUCUGCGUUGAUAGUUUUAUCUCCAACUCUGUCGAAUACCUCGUAGAACUUUGUCUCCCAAAAUGUUCCGAAGAAAAUCCUUGCGUCCGCAAGUGCUGCGACCCUCACCAAAUCGUGGAUUUGGACAUAUUCGCCUGUGACGAUAUCCGAGGGGCUGAAUUUGUUCCAGGAAAUCGUAAUAUUUGGGAACCCUUUAUAGAUCCGGAAGUCGAUAAUGUUGUUAUUACCGACGCCACCGGUGGCACCACGACCACCACCACGGAAUUUUUUUAUUACCCUUUUCCCCUCCACGUAAAGAAACUCGGUGUGACCCAUAUUGGCGAACCAGCCUGUAAAGGGGGAAAUUUACUCGAUACCGAGUUUGGAGAGAAGGAAAUCUACAAGAGAAUAUCCCUCCUUGAAAAUGCGAGUCUGCUAAUGCAGUUCAACUCUGGGGAGAAAGUGUUAUAUCGAUGGGAUGAAUUCUGCAUCGACGGAACAAUGGCGAACAGAUCGGAUGAAGAAAACUAUUUGAAAAAUAGAAUAGUUUUCGUUUGUGUUGGGGAACAAGAGAGUCAAAAUUUUGUAGAUGUUCUUCAAGAGUAUCGACAACAUUUGUACCCAAUUCUGACUGGAACAUCGGCCAUGUUUCUCUUGUUGACAUCAAUUAUCUACUCGAUGUUGUGGAAGGACCUUAAUCUACCGGGAUGGCUGCAAUUUUCGUACACAAACUGUCUCCUGGUUGCUUUCACGCUCUUGACCGUGGUGCAGAUUUGGACGGAGCAAAUUCUAUCUUAUUCAGAAUAUUUGUGCAAAGUGGUUGGUUACACUCUGCAUGCGUCGUUUCUCUCGUGUUUCUUCUGGCUUACUUCGAUGAAUAUAGAUUUAUGGCUUUCCUUCCGAAACACGUCACUUCAAACCAACUUUGGAAAAAGUAGGGGGAAAAAGAGAUAUUUUGGGUUUGCACUGAUCUGUAUUUCCACACCGAUUGGUGUGACCGUGGCCGCGAUUAUAACCGAUAUUGAGAUAAAGAUGGGGUCAAAUCGAAAUGUGGAAUUAUUCACGGGAAUUGGUGAAACCGGAUGCGCCCUCAACAUUCAGAAUCGAAUCGUGCAUCUCUGCUACUUUUACGGUGUCGUGGGCAUCCUUCUAGUCAUUAAUGUCAUGUUCUUCUUCUGUACGGUGUUAUGUUUAAGGGAGAGGCAAAAAGAGACGAAAUUCGCACAUCGUCAAUGUACUGCACCCGAUUCGGCAGACUUGAUAAGAUUUCGACUCUUUACACGACUUUUUUUCGUAAUGGGAAUUCUCUGGGUGUUUGAACUCAUUUCUUGGAUGUCGACUUUUCUCAAUUUAAAUGCCCGAUUUCUAACUGUGUUUGUCGUAACGGAUUGUCUCAACGCGCUUCAGGGUGUCGCCAUAUUUUUCAUGUUUGUCUGGAAACCUCAAACUUGGCGACAGCUGAAAAAGAAGUGGAGGAAAGUACUGCAAAUGGAGUCACAAGCAUCACUUAUGCCCAACACGGUUAAGACGACGAGUGUGAAAUCCAGCACUAAAUCGAGAUCUUCGUCAUGUAAGGCGUCAGGUGGUCCGACCAGUCCGACCAGUCCGACUGGAUAAGAAGGAUCAAAACCCGUUAUAUAAUACUAAAGUAUAUUAUUAUGCAGGAAUGUUAAUCUCAUUAAUUUACAACCUACUACUUUUUAGUAGUAGUUAGUUCAGUAGGUGUAUUCAAAUAAAUUGUUGUGAAAUGUAUAUGCAUAGCUUUCUAUAGUAAUAAAAUCAUUGCGUGGAUC